UGCAGACGGCAGUCGAGUCGAUCAAGAGGAUCCAAAGCUUGAGUGAUGGCUAUGCUGCUGAGGAGGUGUUUAGGGUUGAUUGGAUGAAAAUGGACAAAUGUAUAAAGAAAUUCGGACUCUCCAAAUUAAUCGAUUGAAUACACGAUGCCAAUAACUGCAAAUUGGAAAGGACAGGGGGAGGACCAGAACAGCAACAGGGAAAAUGGUAAAUGGCCUCCUGUCUGUGACCAUUUUGGUGGUAAGGCUACAAAAGAUAAGCGCGAAGGUGUUUGAUCGAUCAAAGUGACAAUCUGAGCAGAUUGAGAUCCAUCACAAGCUCUCGUCACUGUCCAAGUUGGGGGAGGAAGAGAGGGGUGAAGUAAUUGCAGGCGGUGGCGUUGUUGGCGACUAGAAUGAAAAAAUCUUCCUCUUGCAUUUGGGGAUGGAGUUGACAGCUGCCGAGAGCAUUUAAUUAAGAACCACAACAUGAAACCGAAGAAUGAGACGGAGAAGAGUUUUGGCAGUUCCUUCUUUCUACUCAUUACUUCUUCACUUCUCCGGUGAUCUUCAAUUAAUGGCAGCUCCUCUGAGCUAAGCUCGGGUUUUAAUGCCUCUGAUUGGCUGCAGUGUCCCGAAAAGGGAACUAGAAGGCGUGAGGUGUGCGCUCCGACCAAGGAAGUGAUUCCGCCAUGGACGCUUACGAGGCGACAAGGAUCUUGUUCGCCAAGUUGCGGAGCUUGGACCCGGAGAACGCCCAUAAGAUUAUGGGCCUGCUGCUGCUGCAGGAGAACGGCGAGCAGGAGGUCAUCCGCCUCGCUUUGGGCCCCGAGACGCUCCUCCACGCUCUCGUUCUUAGGGCCCGGAAGGAGCUGGGCCUCGCCGAGGCCGCCUCCGCCGCCUCUCCUCCCCCUUCCCCUUCCCCCUCCCCCAUUCUACUCCGCCAGAACUCCAACUCUGGUCUGUUUUCCCCCUCUAAUUGGCCUGCGUCUCCAGCUGGGUUCUCCCGCUUGAACAGUGCUAAUGGUGGUUUCAGCGGGUCACUGGACAAGCGCGUUUGCUCUAAGAAUGUCAACGCGUCGGGUUUCUCUGUUGGCGGUGGCGGCGACGGCGACGCUGACCUUGCUGAUGAGUUUCACCUCGACCAGCUCGCCUUCUCGGGAGGCCUCAACCCCUCGCCUUAUUGCAAACACACGCUUUCCGUCGCCUCCAAGCUCAGUGGCGGCGGCGACGACGUGUUCCACUCCGACAUCGACUGUCAGAGCCCUUGUAGCAACGUCGACGCCGUUGGCUUCCAUUAUGGGAUGGGACUGGGGUCCAAUCGCUACCGUCAUCAGCAGAUUGCCCCCGUUGUCAACGCCGCUGCCGCCGACCUCGAUCUCGGCGACAACGCCAGCGGUCUCGGCUUGGAGCCUGGCCUCUACUUCCCUCGGCGCUACUGCAAGAGCGGCGCCGCCUGCCGAUUCCUCGAAGGCCUCCCAGAUAAAGUCGCAACGAGGGUCAACACCAAGAUGGGCGCGACGGUGGAGCAGCCAUGCCAGGAGUCCUUACUAAGGUCGAAGAGCCAGAGUAUGCGCGGCGCUUCGCAGCUCAAGGCUUCCGCGUUCCCCUACUCUCCGUCGGGCUCCGUUCUUCCGUCCCCGUUGUCGCCCUCCACCGAUCCCCUCAACCUCUUGCUUCAGCAGCAGCAAAUUGAGAGCCAAAGGGCAACCGCCGUGGCGGCAUCGCUGAUGCUGGCAACCGACGACGCCCACAAUUUCCUCAGCAGAUCAAGAAUCGACUUGCUGCUGAAUCCUAGUUCCAGGCAGAUCUACUUGACCUUCCCAGCAGACAGCACCUUUAGGGAGGGCGACGUCUCCAACUACUUCAGCAUCUACGGACCAGUACAAGACGUGCGAAUCCCCUAUCAGCAGAAGAGGAUGUUUGGCUUUGUGACCUUCCUCUACCCGGAGACCGUGAAGUUGAUUUUGGCGAAGGGGAACCCUCACUUCGUCUGUGAGUCCCGUGUGCUUGUCAAGCCCUACAAGGAGAAAGGCAAAGUGCCCGACAAGUUCAGGAAGCAGCAGCAAGCUGAGAGGAGCGACUUCUAUGGGUGCACGACUCCUACUGCCUCGGAUGCUAGAGAAGCCCGAGACCUUGAUUUGCUCGGAGCAAGGAUGUUCUGCAACAGCAGCAGCCAGGAGCUGUUGCUGAGAAGAAAGCUAGAGGAGCGACAACAGGCAGCAGAGGUGCAGCGCGCUAUCGAGCUGCAAGGGAGACGAUUCAUAGAUCUGCAACUCCUCGCCCACGAGAACCGAAGCAUUUCUUCGGCUCCUCUCGCCUUCAUCAACUCCCUUACAUCCUUCGCCGCUAAUCAGCCCGUAAACAAUGUGGACAGUAGCUGCAAUUGUAGCACCAAUAGCAGCAGCAGUAGCUCAUUGAAGAAUGACAAGGAAGAAUCUGCUGCCAUGGCAGCCUCCUCCAGUGACGAUAGUGAAUUUCAACCAAGCGUGGAGCACAAUUUGCCAGAUAGCCCAUUUGCUUCACCCACCAGAAAGUCUUCCUCCUUCAUGCUCGAUCUGUUUAACAAUGGCGAAAAUCAUGUUAGAAACAGCUCCAGCAACGGCCAUCUCCUCGGCUCCACCACAACCUCACUAGAUUUCUAGGUAAUCGAUAAAAGAAACAGAGAAAGAAAGGCAUUACAGUUGGAAUGUAACCUGAAAGAGUAACAGUAGCCUCAUUCAUGCAAGUUGAUAGUGAAACGCAGGGAAAGAGAAUUUUUUCCUUUGCCUUACAGUUGGAAGUUAUAGACGUUAUCAACUAAUGUACGCAUCAAAUGGCAUACAAAGUCACAGAAACAAAGAGAAAGAAAGCCAGAGAUAAUUUGUGUAGCCGAAAGAUUGGAUAGCAGCAUAGGUGUAGGACCAAACACAUGGAGGGCAAAUGGAAAAAAAAAGAAAAGAAGAGGUGUUGGAGCUGUUUCAUGCAUGGUGCAUGCAUGUUCCUCCUCCUCCUCCUCUGCCUUGUGCUACAGGGGCCUUUGCUUGUCCUCUUAUCGCCUUUGAUGAGCCAAAGCCAACGCUCAAGGGUUCACAAAAGGUUCUGCUUUCUGAUUCCUGUUGUCUCUCCUCUCUUGCUUUAUCUUCUUUAUGGAAUACUAUUUCUCUUUUGUGAAUCA